CUUUUAUGACGUAGGACAAUGCCUGCCACGCGUCGGAACUAGGCUGCUGGCGCGGCCACCCCGCGCCAGUGACACGCAUAAGGGAACGCGGUGGUCAUCUGGGGCCGACUCUCGGAAUCAUGCAUUUCUUAUUUAGGUUAAUCAUUUUCUUUUACCUGUGGGGCAUUUUUACUACUCAGGGACAAAAGGCAGAGGAGAGCAUAGAGGAAGUGAAAAUAGAAGUUCUGCAUCGUCCAGAAAACUGUUCUAACACAAGCAAAAAGGGAGACCUGCUAAAUGCCCAUUACGACGGCUUCUUGGCUAAAGACGGCUCGAAAUUCUACUGCAGCCGGACACAAAAUGAAGGCCACCCCAAAUGGUUUGUUCUUGGUGUUGGACAAGUCAUAAAAGGCCUAGACAUUGGGAUGAUGGAUAUGUGUCCUGGCGAGAAGCGAAAAUUGAUUAUACCCCCUUCAUUUGCAUAUGGAAAGGAAGGCUAUGAUACCUCCACAUUCUGCCUGCUACCAGGGCACCCACAUCUCUCAUCAAUAGAAGGCAAGAUUCCACCUGAUGCAACACUGAUUUUUGAGAUUGAGCUUUAUGCUGUGACCAAAGGACCACGGAGCACUGAAACAUUUAAACAGAUAGACACGGACAAUGACAGGCAACUUUCUAAAACUGAGAUAAGUCAUUACCUGAAAAAGGAAUUUGAAAAAGAUGAGAAGCCACGUGACAAGUCAUAUCAGAAUGCAGUUUUAGAAGAUAUUUUUAAGAAGAACGACCAUGAUGGUGAUGGCUUCAUUUCUUCUAAGGAAUACAAUGUCUAUCAACAUGAUGAACUAUAGCAUAUUUUUAUUUCUAAAUUUUCUUAGCUAUUUACUGUACUUUAUAUGUAAAACAAAGUCACUUUUCUCUGAGUUGUAUUUUCUGUUUUUCCCCCAUGAACAUAUUUUGAUCCCUUCAAUACAUGUAAUAUUGGAAUAAUAAAUGUGAGGCUGUUUUGCAAAAUUUAA